AGCAGAAAAUACAAGAAGAAGAAAUUGAAGAAAAAAAGAAAAAGGAGAAAAUGUUAUAUAUAAUAGGAUUAGGAUUGGGAGAUGAAAAAGACAUAACCUUAAAAGGACUUGAAGCUGUUAAAAAAUGUCAAAAAUUAUACAUUGAAUCCUACACUUCUCUCCUUUCUUUCGGUAUUUCCGAUGACGGCAUCUCCACUCUGGAGAAGUUGUACGGGAAGCCGCUUACGGUUGCAGACCGAGAAAUGGUAGAGGAAAAGGCGGAUGAUAUGUUGACGGAGGCUCGUGAUAUCGAUGUUGCUUUCCUUGUCGUUGGAGAUCCUUUUGGAGCCACAACACACAGUGAUCUAGUGGUACGGGCCAAGAAAUUGGAUGUCGAGGUUAAGGUGGUAUACAAUGCGUCAAUAAUGAAUGCAGUUGGGGUCUGUGGCUUACAACUUUACCGAUAUGGAGAGACCGUUUCAAUUCCAUUCUUUACCGAGACAUGGAGGCCUGACAGUUUCUAUGAGAAAAUUCAACGAAACCGUGGACUUGGACUGCAUACUCUCUGCUUGUUAGAUAUAAGAGUAAAGGAGCCCUCACUGGAAUCAUUAUGCAGAGGGAAAAAAAUUUAUGAGCCUCCUAGUUUUAUGACAAUUGGUGUUGCUAUCGAUCAGCUUUUGGAGGUUGAACAACUACGCGGAGAAUCUGCUUACAAUGAAGACACACUUUGUGUUGGUUUUGCACGGCUAGGAAGUGAAGAUCAGAUGGUGGUGGCGGGUUCAAUGAAGCAGUUACGGAGCGUUGACUUUGGUGCACCUCUUCACUGUCUCACGAUAGUUGGUAAAACUCAUCCUGUUGAAGAAGAAAUGCUUGAUUUCUAUAGAAAUUGAAACGAAAUGGAUACAACACUUGAAGUUUUGUAGCAGAAUGUAUCGCUUAGUAUAUCAUAUGAUAAACUUGUCAUUUUUGUAUCUUUGAAUGUUUUUGUAAAACACUUGGGAAACUUGUACUUCAUAUUUGUGUCAUGCAAAUGAAAUAUAAUGGUUUUUUUUAUGGA